CAUGGCUGCUAUCUCCUCCUCUCCUCUCCACUAUGUCAUAAAAUGUGUCAGCAAACACAUAUAUAUUUGGAUACGACAGAUGUCAUUUGCACUUACAGACUAAACAACGGUCACAGCCUACUAGACUGCUCCUUUUAAAUAAUGGGGCAACAGACCAGGAGCAAAGUCCACCUGUAGGCAGCGAGGAAACGCAUGAGGUGAGUGCCUGCAGCGGAGAGCAGCUCAUUCAGCACAAUGGCAAGGACGCGGUUAUCAAGACAGUCACUACCGUCUUUAUAAAUAUUAUUAUUACACUGAAUACUAUUGUGUGAAUAGAGCGUGGAGAUAUACUGUGACUGUAUGACGAAUAUCAAAUGGUGAGUAGUCUGUCUCGCACUUUUCUUUCCAAGGUGUUGACUGGACGAAUAGAAGUGAACUCUAUGAAAAGGUGCAGGCUUUACUGUAGUUGACUUAUUGACUUACCCCUUACGUGAACUGUUCGUUAUUUAGGAAUUUUCAUAUCGUUAGGCUAAGUGGUUUUACAUGAAUGUCCUUAUAAUAUCCGGAAUUACAGCCAAUAUGAACUAUGUUCAGAUUAGUGGAACUUCCAGCUUGCCAACGACAGACACAAAAAACAGCCUAUUAAAACAUGAAAGGUUUGAAAUUACAACCUGAACCUGCAAUCUAUGACAUAGGUAAUUCAAUUGUUUUAUAACGGUGUAGGCUACAACAACGAAUAGAAAUGCUUUUUCAGAAGGGGAAGUGCAGAAAUAUAAUGGAAUUUGUGUCCUGCCAAAGGUUACAAGUUGGCCUCUAUUGACAAUGAAGGACACACGAUUGACAUGGAAAGUUGUUGGGACAAUAUCAAUAUUAAAAUGUGAUAUGACUAGUUUACUCAUACUAUUUAAAUUAAUACAUUUUAAAAAUAUAUAGUCUUUACUUAAAACUAUUUCACUAGCUUGCAUUAAUUUGUGGCAGAAUAUUAUCAUUGCCACAGUUAACGGUCUUUACAGAAAACAAUCUUAGCUUGAGACCCUUUAACGUCCCCCACAGGAUGGUCAUACUUAAAUAUCAGGGGAAAUAGUAUAUUUUGCUUAAACAUAUUUGUAGUUUAAGUUAUCUUUAAAAUUCACAAACCCCACUCAUAGUGCAAAACAGAAUGUAGAGCCACACUAUACCCACAAUAACAGUAGGCAUACCUUUUAUUUGAUGUCCGUAUUCAUUUUAAGCUCUUACAUUAUUCCCAAACUUCAAAUCUUCAAGCACUAUACAGAAAAACAACAGAAACAAGACCCAGAUGAUAACCCAGAUGUAUUUUGAAGGUUUUAAAAAAGUGUGGUGUAAACAUACAUUCUUGGAUUCAAUCAAUGUAUGUCAUUGUUUGAGAUAUUACCCAUAAAAAGUAAUCACCACAUGAUAUUAUUGCUAAGAGCUAAGGGAUGGUAAUCUAUGUCAUGCUUUGGAGAACAUAUUGUUUGUACUUCUAAUUUAUAAUGUUAUGCUAUUUUUCCUCUUUACUUUAGACGACAGACACCUGGCAGCAAUAUUUGCACAGAAUGACAGUAUGUCUUUUAAACAAAAGUUCAGGUGGAGGUGGAAUAAGGGAUGGUAUCAGACAAAAAGUCUGUCAUCUUAUCAUGCACUGAAGCCGCUGGUCCCCGCCCUCUGCCUGGUGGUCAUGGUGAUAUAUGGCCUGGCUGACAAACUAGCAAAUUUUGUUGCCAGCAUCUUCUUCCCUCAGUAUCACUACCCGUAUGCAGUGGCUCUCUGCUUUGUACAGGUUCUGGUCUCUCUCUUAUUCUUAAACCUCCUCCACAUCGUGGGUCUGGUCCCUCUGAAGUCUUACUCCAGGUCCCUGGGUGAGAGGGUUUUGGUUCCCUCCAUCUGUAGCGGCAUUCAUGCCGUGCUGGUUACAUGGGCUAAAACCAGCAGCCCGUAUGCCGGCCUCUUCCCCGUCACUUUGCCUCUGCUGCCUGUUGUAACUGUGGGCUUAAGUUUCUGCCUGAGGCUGGCCCCUCCUCCACCUCGCCGCUUCUCUGUUCUGAGUUCCCUCCUGUGUGCGACGUCCUUUGUGAUCACAGCCUCCCAGGGUGUAGCAGCUGUUACGCCUCUGGAGUACAUGUUUGCACCUCUGGCUUUACUCCUUCACAGUGUGUCUCUCACAUGGCUGGCUAAAGUGUCCAAAACUGAGCGACGCCGCCCUCCUGAUGUCCGAGCCUCCAUUUUUGACAUUUAUUACACCCAACUGGUGAACCAGUGCUGGCUACUGGGCCUCCUGUGGGUGCUGCAUCCUGACAACCCCUGGCACGUGUUGAGUAAAAGCAGCUGGCACAGUUUGCUCUUUCAUGGAUACCUGCUCGCUAUUCUCCUGCUGGGGAUGGCGCUGAACUUCCUGGUUGGUGUAUCGGCUAUGGGUGUCUCACCACUCGCUGCUGCACUGCUACACUCAGCGAGGCAGAUGGCGCAGCCGUACCUGAAUCUUUUGUACAUUCACUCUUAAGGGCUGUGAAAAAAAUGUUGACUUCUUUUGUUCUGUUUCCACACCAUGCAUUAGUUUAAUUUAUUUAAUUCUGUUGGAAACAAAGACAUGAACUGUGCUCCUGAGGCUCUCAUAUAAUCUUGUCAUCAGAGAUUAAACGUAUAGUGUCAGCAGGAGUCUAAAUUAUAUGCAGUAUUUUUAACCAUAAAAACAUAUGGCUAACGUAUAACAAGGUCACGAUUUACACUAAGCUCCAAAUGUCAACCAGUUGUUGUGUUUUAAAUUUCAUUUUGUUAUACAUGUAUUUUUUUAUUAUCAAACUAGUAUUCCACAAAAGGCCAUCCUGCACAGAGUCCUUUUACUUUUGAUACAUGGAGUGUAUUUGGAUGCUAUUAAUGUACCAUUACUGUUAAUACAAGAUUUGAUAUGCUCGACUCUUCCUUGUAAAAGAGGUCAAAAGAGUACUUUAACACUGUGGUAAUUAUACUUAAAAAGCUAACUUAAAGAUCAGAGUAAUUCUAACACUGGUGACAAGGGAUUUUUUGAUCACGCUGUAAACAACAGUCCACUUUGUCACAUUUACUCAACAGGGUAAAAAAAAAUGUUCACGCUCAGAUGGUUGACUGAGUGAAUUUUUAACCAGGGGUUGUUUUGUUUUUUCCCGAAUGUUGCCCAUGAAUGACUCUGACUGCUAAAGUGAGUCAGAUGAGAAUGGAUCACAACAUAAAGGAGAUUAACAGUGCUGAUAGACUUUUUUAAGUGAAGUGAGAAUCUCUAAUCCAUGUUGUUUUAUUAUCGCUCUAAAUGUAUGUACACGUAUUUGAUUAAAAAUAGAGGUCACCAUUUGACGUCUUUACAUGCUCAAACAAAUAUUGUUAAAAAUAUGUCAAAUUACCUAAAAAUGAAAAAAAGAAAUAUUUAAUUUAUUUAAUAAACUACAAAUACACUGAA